AUGCACAGGAACAGAUGCCAGAGAUGUCGAUUAAAUAAGUGUUUGGCUAUGGGGAUGAGAAAGGAAGGUAAUUUGUGUUCAAGUAACUUUCAAAGUUGGUGUUUUGCUAUUAUGUAACCUAUGCCAAACUAGAACAUUGUAACUUUGAUAGGCUUACCUUGUGAAAUUAGGUUUACCGAUUUUAUCCUAAUUUGUCGCAGACCAGAAGAUGUUUGAAAAACUCAGUAAGCUUGUAAAGCAAAGCGUACUCUACUCUCAGUGCUUUUAAUAUUGAGUUGUAAUAUUGAGUUGGACAAACUCGUUUAUUGGCUGCAUGCGGGACAUGCUGCAGUGAAGGAAAGUUUUCAGUGUUUGUGUAAUGGGUCAUUAUAACUGUUUAUACUCCCAAUAUCAAUGAAAGAUGUUUUUUCUUCGGGAAGCUAGUCAUCAUAAGUGGUACAGUAGUUAAAAUAAAACAGGUUUAUACUGCAGCCGACAAGUCCAUGGGCAAAAUAAUAAGACCCAGCCUUGUUUUUUUGCUUAACGUCUUUGGUUAACGUUGCCGUUUUAAUUUCCACUAACGCGGAAGAGGAAAAAAAAAUGAAAUUUUGAAAGACCUACUUAGCGUUUCCUCGUGCAGAACACGCGAUUUUCUAUGGACCUGGUAAUUAUUGUCUUCAAGAGUAUUAUUACGGAGACAUGUUCACAAAUAAAGAAGAGAUAUAGUUUGCGUUUCGUUUAUGAAUAAACUAAGAAUGAAAUAAAGUUUCUAAAUUCUUUCUCAAUGUUUGCAACUGAAACUAUCCACCCCACAUGUUACAUUCGGCCAUAUUUCAAUUAUCACGUGCUGAGCGUCUUGUCGCAAACACUCGUUCCACGCACACGCGAUGUACAAAUCGUAUUAACAUAUCAUGUGACAUCAAACCUUUUAGCAGACAUUACUGGACAUUACACGAACAGAUAUUUUGAGCGAACUGCUACCUUUUGAAUUAUAUAAUGUGGCAGCCGACAUUUUCGCUUGAUCACUACACAUCUGACUACGAGGGUCAUCGACAUCUUCCGGUAGAGAAUGCUAGAAAACUUUGCCGAUAUUGUCGUAUGUAUUCAUUUUACUUAGGCCGCGCGGAAGUCGAGCGUCCGGCAUGUUUGUGUUUAUCGUAGGCUGCACAGUUCUUGUUUCCGAUGCAUUCGCCUCUGCUGUAAAGGUACUGUGUCAUGUGGUAUUCGUGACUCGUGUGACAACUUAAAGGAACAUUGCACGUGUGGUCUUGAUUAUGUAACACGUUUAUUUACUUAUGUACGUUUCCGUUUUUGCAUAUAUAUUCUUCGGUGAAAUGUGUACGUAAUUUUUCUAGAGCUGAUUCAUCCAUUUGUGAUCGCAAGGUCAAACUUCUGAAGAACGUAUUACAUAACUUGCAACCAGGCAAAAUGGAGCACCUGAUGGUAGAAGCCGCAGUGUGCUUCUCUUGUAGUGAUCUUGGUGUCAUUUCUACUGGAAAGUGUUUUUCCUCUUCAAAAACAGAACAUGCAAAGUACGAACAAUGUACAUUUAACCCAACCCGCGCGGCGUGACCCUAAUCAGCCUCUGGGCAUCUACUCGGAAGGAAGUAAUAUGCAAGUCUUACGCCCCACCGAAACUUCAUAAUAUAACAACAAAAUACUACUGCGAAAACAUCGUGUCUCACGUAAAAAUGUGGCUAAACUAGUGAGUCAUGGACUGGAAGCAUAAAUAGUUUUGGCCUGACUAUAGAGCUCUCCCUGUCGAAACUGUAAUUUUUCCUUUGUGGUCAGCCCGGCCCAGAGAAUAAUCUUCUUUAGAAGCAAUUAAAUUACGAUUUGAUUACCCUUACGUGCAGGAAACACAAUACGUGCUUAUUUAUGGUCUAUUUUUGUAUACAUAUUUCCGUUUUGUUAACUCCUUUUCAGAUCAAUAAGGCCUAUAAACCCACAGCGUAUCUCAAGACCUUGUGACCGCAAACCAGUGCAAAUGGUUAAGUUACCUGGAAGCAAGUUUAGGGGAAAACGAGAAAAACGCCCUCCUCCCCCCCCCCCCCGCGAACCCAUCGCCCCGCCUGUCUUUCUCUUGGGCUGGUUUCGAUAUAUUAAAAAUCAUCCGUGGCUACACGGCUUAGGGGAAUUAAACAGAAGAAAUUCAUUGCUGAACCUCAAGAUUAAUUAUUCUGUUGUACUCCUCUAAUCCUCCAAGCUAAGUAAAAAAAAAUCAAUAUAUCGAAAUUGGCCUAUUCUAUCGUUAGUUAAUUCAUUUUAACCUGUGUCUUUUCUUCUCGCUAUAGCUGUACAGUGUGAAAGAAAGCCUAUUUCUACAUGCUCUGAAAAUGUGGCAAAUGAAAACCAUUCGCAAGUUUCGCCUCAACUGUCUUCUUUGAGUCCCGCUGCUCCUGCUUUUCGUCCGGAAAACUCAGAGCGGACAAGUCCUACUCUUCCAUCAACAACUUCAAACUCAUCUCAAGAAGCAGUUUCUGCGUUCCUCUCUGAAGAACAGCGUUACAUCAUCAGCUCAGAACAUCUCCAUUUUAAACUCAAACCCCCGACACUAGGAGUGUCUACAAUAUCCAUGGACUACGUCUAUGAAAUUGCCACGCGACUUCUGUUCCUGACGGUUGAUUGGGCACGAAGCAUCCAGGCAUUUCGCAGUCUGGAAUGCGCUGACCAACUCGCUUUACUACAGAGCACAUGGUCGGAUCUUUUUAUGUUGGGCGUUGCCCAGUGUUCUAGUUCCUUUCCGCUGUCUCCAAUGCUUACACUUGCCGCUCUUCAUUUAGAGGAAAGUGAGAACACUGAAGACGAAAAAUCCCACGUUGCAAGGAAAGAAUCGAACAUGGUCGAGAAAUUACUGAUUUUGAAAGAGCUGUUAUUUAGUCUUGAAAAGCUUGAUCUGGAUUUAGUGGAGUAUGCGUUACUCAAGGCUAUUGUGCUGUUUAAUUCAGGUAAUUUUCAAGCAUUUGUGUGUUGUUAGAGGUGAAUUUUUGUGGACAGUGCAUGGGCACGAAGUUCUUUCAUUAUUUCUCCUUUCUUCCAAUUCUUACUUUCUUGAGGAAUUCCGAAGGUUAAAGUUCUUUCGCCGAAUGAGUAACGUAUUGUACCCUUGAAUUGCAUGACCUCAAAAGACUUCAACUCAAACCGAUUAAUUUAAGAAAAACUGUGUCCUCGCGUCCAGUCAAAGCUUUCUUCCGUGAACGACCACCUGCGGAAUCCAUAAACUGUAAGUGUUCGUAACUGGUGCUGGUGGACCACUAGAACUAGGCUCUUUAAAGCGACCUUGUGAGAAACGUAUUGCGAGUGAUUCGUUAUGAGAGCUUUUAGCAAAAAGCUUGGCACAUGUUCAGCUGAUCACCCAUAAAAUCAGCAACCAAAGUAAAAUAAAAGAGUUUCUUUUUCUACUUAUCACUUUCAAAGCAGAUGAAAAAAAUCAAAGAGUUUUGUUGGUCGUGGUCGCACUCGCUUAUUGUGUUGGUUAUAUACGGGAGCGGCCGCUUAAGAAAACUUUUCAUUUGAAAGCUUUAUUCACCUUUAGAGCGAGGACUAGGUGAGUGGUCGCAAAGAGCGCAUCCGCGGUAUUUAUACGAGUUUAGUGCCGAGGUAGACUCAUAAAAUAAGUUUUACUUUAAUUGGGCUAUGAGUAGUCCCUCAUUUUCUUCGACCUUUUGGGGGCGUGCAAAAUUCGCGUGCACGCGUGGAAAAUAGGGUACUAAGACUUGAAGGCUGUGAAAUUCGCGUUCACGCGUGGAAAAAGAGGUACUUAUUUCGUAGGCUGUGCUUUUAUACACGGUUUUUCUCUUUCCGUAAAAAAGUCGCCCUUUUAAGCGUGCGAGAGUACUGUCGUUUUAGUUGCGAACGUGGUCAGCUACAAUUACCCUUUAACGUUGGCAGAUCUCUUCAUGUAUGUUCCUUGGCUCCCACAUAGUAUACAGGGCUCGAAGUAAUUUCCGGAGAGUCUCCGUCUUUUUAGCUCGGUCACGUAUCGUUUCUGGCCAGUCAAAUUUCGGUCAAGUUUCAGAUCAAAUUUCCGCAUUACACAGCAACUCAGCGCUACAUACUGGUACAACUGAAACAACUGAAUGGAAUGGAAAUGUAAAUUUAUUUCGUUUUCAAUACGAUCGAAUGUGAUCGGUCAACAUGACCGGCAAAAUGAAAGGUUGUUCGGUCAAUUCCCCAAUCAGUCCUGACAUUGUCCGCCGUUGACUGCCCGUUAUUUCGAGCCGUGGUAUAUUUUAAAGACCCUAGAAGGGGAUUGUGGGGGGGGAGUUUUAAGACAAAGUAUGUUUUUAGAAGUGAUUUGUCAUUAACUUGCACGGUAAUUUUUUUUCUUUUGUAGAUUGCCCAGUUCUGAAGAAUCCCAAACAAGUUGAACAGCUACAAGAGAAGGCACACCGUUCUCUCAAGCAUUAUGUUGAGAACAUGCACCCCCGUAAUCCUGAACGAUUUGCAAAAAUCCUGCUUCGCCUACCAGCCACUCGAAUGCUUACUCAGCGGGCGGCGGAAGAACUGUUCUUUAGUCCUCUGAUUGGUACAGUCAAGAUCGAGAGCAUCAUGAAGAAUAUCAUUUCAAAUUCUUUGUCAUUUUAAUUACUAGCUGUAUAAGAUCUACUAGGUUCUCUGCUCUUCCAAAUUUCUUUGCUCACGGCGACAUGCCUGGAGGGUGAUUUGUGUUACCUGUUAUGUUAAUGUUUAGGAAUAUUUAACAAGAGAGCUGCGUUAACGCUAGCGUCGAGAAAACAGCCGACAUUUCGUAUCGUAGCCUGCGUAGCAUGGUGGUUUUGGUUGGGCCCGCUAAGUAAUAAAGGCGGGCGAGGGCAGAAAAACCGCGAGGCUUCGCCUCUCGUUCUCGCGUGCUUCGCGCGCGAAUUUCCCGGCUUCGCCGCUUGUGCGCCCGGCUGGACAAAACCGCCAUGCUACGCAGGCUAUUCGUAUCGCCACCACUGGUUUCAUUUUCGCGGGGAUACCACUGAUGGCGUCGCUAAAUGUCGGCUGUUUUUUCAGGCUAUUUUAGUACAGACAAGCGCAGAAAAUUAUGUCAUUAAGUGAACCGUGACGGCUUUAAAAAUCACUAAUGAUUCACGUGAAACGUUUGUUUUAAGUUACAAAUUUUUCGUCUUUGUUCGUUACAUUUCGUUUCUUGAGACGGUCCCGUCCGUAUUCGUGGACGCUCCUUAAUAUUUGUUAUUAUAAACCACAAGGAGAAGAGGGUCGCAUGAUUCAUAAUUCACGGCAGUGGUUGUAAAAACACGAUAGAAAAUCAAAUAUUUUUGAGAUAGAGCUUUUACUGAAAAAAACUCUUCUUAAAGAGACAGAUAGAAAACCAGCCAUUCGUCCGUCUUCUUUAUAUUGUAGUGAGUGAUACUUGAGGAUGCCAACUCGGACCAAUGGCUUAAAAUGGUCAUUUUUCAAUAAAACAGAAAAUAAUUGUUAAAGAAACUGGAGAAAAUUAAAACGGUUACAGUUGAUUGUUCUGUACAUUAAAAGUUUAACUCCGUUGUUUGUUCCCUCGGGAGACAUUUUAUUUAAGUGUAAAUAUUGAUUUUGUAAAUAAGUAAAUCAGAUCAAAUGAACAGAGAAAUAAAAAAAAAAUAAACAUAAUGAAUUAGUAUUAUGCACCUUAGUUUCUCUCAGGACAAAGUAGGGAUUUCUUGAUAACGUGAAGGGCAAAGAGAUAACAAUUUUACCGUACCUUUCUGAGCUCGGACGCGGUCCUCGGUCUUUCUUCAGCGAAAGGUGGAAACACCGCGAAAAAGUUCGAAAUGGCGUGUAGUAAGCUUUUCAGUGAAUUUUUCACUGGAGUUUCCAUUGUAAGAUCAUAGAGCACCUAAUAAUGAAUCUUGACUUCGAGCAGUCUUUGUCAAUCGAGGUCGAGUUCCGGGCGUCGAGUGAAGCUCAUAAGGACAAAGGCGCCGCUCCCGCGUAUCCCCAGAGCACUUCUCUACUGCGCAUGAUCACGAGCGGGGUCAAAAUCGUGCGACAUUCCACCCACUGAUGUCACUGAUGGAAGUCGUGAUUUGAUUCGAUAAAGGUUGAUUUGGGCAUGCAUCGGGCAAUCGCGCACUGGAAAGCUAUAUUGUUUGGUAAUCACUCAAUCAAAUCAUUGCAGAGAGUUGCUUUCCCAGUUCACAAUGGAGAGGAGAAGUCUUUACGUCACCUUGCCAUGGUAGGAAAAUUUCUGGAUGACACCAAAGGGAAAGUGAAUUUACUCUAUUUUUACUUCCUCGAUCUUAUUCAUUUUAUUUGUCAAAUGUUGGCAAAGUUUUCUGGAGUUGAAUCCGAUCGAAAGGACCGCAUUUAAGUUGAAAAGAAAAUUUUUGUGCUUCGCUGUGUUCACCUACUCUAUAAAGCGGUCGCGUGAAAUUAGGAAAAUUCAUGUCGAGCAACGACGGCUAAGAAAUCUGCAAUAACGUGUGAGGCACGUGCAAAUUAAUGUGUUGUUUUGCUAACAUAAAUCUAUUGCUUUUUUUCCGUUCUCGUUGUCGUUGCCGUCGUUGCUUAAAUUCCCUAUUGUUGUGAUCCAGAAAUUUUGCUACCAUGGUAACGUGACGUCACACAUCUCUCUAUUUAUCGGGCCUGUUUAUCUACCACUACAGAAAAAAAAAAUAACAUACCAUAAUGCUCUUUGUUUGUCACCCCAAAAUUUUGCAUAAGCGUUGUUUUCAGUUUCUCUUGGGGCCAUUUUAACUCCCAAAAGAAACUGAAGACAAUGCUAACGCAAAAUCUUGGGGUGACAACAAAGAGCAUUAUGGUAUGUUAUGGUAUUUUAUGCAGUGGUCAAUGAUUUGCCAAUGCCCAGUUAUGCAAUUUUUAUUGAAUUAAACAUAAACAGUUUACAUGGAAUAAACGGGAAGAAGUAAAGUGGGCCAGCACGGCCGAGUGACCGGGAACAGCCCCACAUUUCAUAGGUCUUCACAUGCCGGCAAAGGUUGUCCUUGUCCGUGGUGCCUAGGAUCAUAUAAUUAUAGGAAGAUCGAUCCUAGAGCUAGGAAUAUCCCGGGGGGGGACUCCUCAUAUGAAAGGGGUGGGGAUGCUCAUCGUCUCGCUUAGGAGUAUUUGUUCAAAAAAAAUUUGAGUUAACGUACGUAGCCCCUUGAGAUCGAUGAUAUGGUAAUUUUUUCAUAGUAUAUUGACUGAAUUGCUGAAUUCUUUGUAAUAUCAUGAUGCGUUAAAAAUAUCCGAUGAUCGCUUAUGUAAAAUAAAAAUGAUCGGUGAAAUUCGUCAAAAUUUUACCGAGGCGAGUGCCUCGGUUGGCCUCAUACUAGCUACGGCGCUGCCAACAACAUCGCGACAUAAUUGACCAAUCAGAUCAAUAACCAGAGUACAAUACCAUCAACUGACAUGAUACAACUCACUUUGACUCUGAAGAUGACUAACGCACAGGUUGUCGAAACGUCAGUCACUGUCAACAACAACAGUCCUAUUCAGGACUACGUUCACCCGGACGAUCAAACUCAACCUACUUUUGAAAUGACUCCUGGGUUCAAACCUUUCACAAUAUAUAUAUUGUCUUUGUUUUAACAUGGUCCCUUUUAGAAGUCAAAAAAAGCUUGGGCCACGCCCAGAUCGGUCUCCUUUAGGGGUUUAGUUCAAAAUUUCCAACCAGCAUCUCCACCCUUUUCAUAUGCAGAGACCCCUCCUCCCCAGGGGAAUAUCCACUGCCAUGUAUUUGUAAGGCAGCCGCGGAAGUUCCACUUCCUAGCUAGAGAUACAUGACGAGGAAGAAAAAAGGCUUGAACGUAGUUAGCGAGUCGGAGUUACUGUUAAAAGCCAGAAGAAAAGGAAAAAAAUCUGGGGAAGUGUGGGAGGGGGGGGGCUUAAUGAAUUUGUCAAUCGCUCCUUUAGGGAUCGAGUGGCGAAUCAGCUUGGCCAUCGUGACGUCACAAGCAGUUAUCCCGGAAACUCCUCGAAGUUGCGCGCUUCUCUCUUCGUGACAUUACGAUGGUCAAGCCCACCGGGACAAAUAAACUUAAGUGCCAAGUUAAUAUCCACUGUUCCACGACCACCCGACCCCCCACCCCGCCUCCCGCCACCCCUGCACCCCGCACCCCCGAACAAACCUGAAAAACGCACGCUGGACGAGAACAGUGCGGCCUCAUAGCGCAUUGAUACCGCGGGAAAGAUCGGUUCCAGUUUCCCUCGAUCAACUUCUUCUCCUAAGCCUUUAUACCAUAAUGGCUGGCUGACCGUACAUUAAUAAUUUUGUGUUGAUAUCGAUCUGAGCCGAGGUGAGUUGAGCUUCUGUUUGUAGCUUAAUUUCGCCUUUGAAGUACGAGAAUUAUCUUGAUGAGGCCCUGUUAAGGUUUGUUUGGAUGGGCAUGAUGUGAACAAGUCAUAUAUGCAUACAGAAGCGGAGUAACCUCUAGUACGUGUAGCUUGUCUGUUAGCUAGGACGAUCGAUAGAAGUUGAUACCUUGCACAUGAUUGUGAUUACCGACGAUGUUUUUUUUUUUACCAGCCAUUUUUAGCCAAUUCAGUCCGCGUGUUCCAUUUCAUGAAUUGCUAGAAACGUCUGUCAUGUUGCUCUGCUGCGAAAAAAUACCGUAAAAUUCCGAAAAUAAGCCCCUCCAUGCAUAAUUUGUAUUAGUAAAAUCCAGCUAGUGGUCUAUUAUCAAUGCUGCGUUCUGAUUGGUUGAGCUACUACUAGGCUAUAUGUUAUAGCCCACUAGUAGCAAAAAGUGCGGGCUUUUUGGCGGCAAAAUUGAAGUCUUGCUUUAACUGGCUAAUAUUUUUUUUCACGAUAUUUUUGACCAACUGGUUGGAUUUUACUAAAACAAUUAUUCCUCUCGCCCUCAUGGCCUCUGAGUCAAUAGCCCAUGAGGCCGAGGGCCUAUAUGGGGAGGCUCUGCUCGAAGGGUUACCAUUUUCAGGCUUCAUGUAUAUAAAGAGUAAGGAUUUUACUUAUUGAAGUAUACAAUUUGUACAAAAGGGUAGGCAAAUCUGUCAUUUGAGUCUGUGAAAGGGUUAGUAGUCUGCUACACAGCCGUUUUUAGUGUCGUCACGCAAUGCUCCUCCCCACAAACGGGCUGCUGGGAACAGAACUGCAUUCCUUUCCCAUGGUUAGCUGAUUAGAAUUCAGCUCCCAUUUUCUGGAAGGUGUUCGCGCCGUGAUUGCGGUACGGUGACUCCUCCAAUCACAGCUUUGCUGUUAUCGGUGCCCCAUGUGUGAAUGACGGAACUAUCGUAACAAGCAAUUAACUAGAGCAGCGUUGUCGCAGUCUAGUCCUAUUCUAAUUUUAUGAGAAAAGCAGCAGCAGCAAGAAAGUCAAAGAAAUGUAAUGCACAACAUGGAUGUGCUUAUAAAGUUGCCGGGUAUAGUUUGGGAAAUUGCUCAUCAAUAAUUUACAAGAUUGCUUUUGUUUGAAUCAGUACCCUUCACAUGUACAGCAACGCAAAAGCACAUCCAGCACAUGAAAUUCAUCAUACAUGCAUGUAUGCACACUAAAAAGAACAAGCCAAUCCUGUAAGAGUCUUGCAGGCCUAUCAAAAUUUUUUUCACUUGAAACUUUGCUAACCGCUCACCCAAAUUCAGUGACGAUUAAUUGAUUUGUUGAAAAUUGAGAAGUGUGUUUGCUUCCUAGUACCCUGCAGUUCACAUGUUGUCAAGUGUUUUGUUCAUGAUUGGUUUGUUUGUUACACCACAAACACAAAGGUAAAGGAAUGUGGUUGAAUUCUCAGCAGCCAUUUGUUGGGAGGAGCAUUGCGUGACAACGCAAAAAAUGGCUGUGUAGCAGACUAGGGACCAAAGGGCUAAAAGAUGAAUUUUGGCUUUAUAAAGUCUAGAAAAUGUGCUAUGACAGUGCAUUUACAGCAGUUAAAAGGGGUGUAAAGUUCUAAACAAGGUAACUGAAAGGGGUACCAAUAGAAGGUGUAUGAAAGGGGUAUCUUUUUCGCGAAAAAUGGUGUAUAAAAGGGUGAGGGGUUGGACCUAGGGGCUUAGCCUCCCUGUAUAAAAAUUUGUUGAGUACCCACAGCCCUUUAGUUAUUAAUUCUUUGGUUUUUCUAUAAGUUGGACACCUCUCUAAGAUUGAUACUUUAAUAGUGCCACUGCAUACGUGUUGGUUCUUAAUUUUGUUAUUUCUGAUAUUUGACCUGUGUGUAGUGUAAGACCAAUGAGACUUGUUGUUGCUGGUCUGUUGUUUUGCACAUGGUGUGUAUGUGAGGUUACGUGCACGCUCUGGGAACUUCAAAGCCUUGAUGUACCUUCCAGCCACAUUCCAUAUUUUAUGAGAGGCAAACCUUAUGGACAGGAAUUCUGCAAAGACAGUGACUGUCAGGUACAUAAUAUAAUAACAUCCAGCUGGGAGGAGAGGGGAGGGGCAAAAACUUUAAAGUUUAGAGUAAGGGUCAUUGGGUAGCAGGGCUCGGAAAAAGUCCAAUCCGCUAGUGUGGGGCAAGAAAUAUUUUCAGCUCUUUAUCCUGAGGGAAUUGUCACUAAGAUUUCAAGUUGCCAGGUAAAGGGAAUCAGACAGCUAAUGGUUUCUUUUGGUUCUAUUUUUCUUCUGCUUUUCUAUGAAAGUACCUGGGGGAUAUCCCUGGCCCCGCCUCUUAAUGACAGCCCUUUGCUUAAAGGGUGCAGUCUUGCAAGUCAUCUUGUGACUGAAUCAUUUAUAAUGUCAAGCAAGCAAUAAUGGUUAAGCAAAAGGGGAAGGCUCUUAACCUUCGUUCUCUAAAAGGAGAAGCCAGAAUUCAAAUUUUUCUAGCCCUGGGUAGAUGUUAAGUGUCACAUUAAAGGAAUAAAGCCCUACAUGUAUCCAUGUUGUUUGAUUAACUGCCAGAGUCUCCAUCUGCCUUACAUUUUCUAGUGAAACAAAAUUAAAAGAGGAACUUGAUGAAAAAUUACAAUAAAUAGAAAGUCACCCAGAGCUUUUAUAUUUUUCUUUAUCUCCACAAUUUGUUACAUUUAAGUGUAAUUCACAGACAGUUCUUAUGCCUUAUACAUGUAUGUGCUUUUCAUAAUAAUUAUAUGUCAGUAUAGCUAGGAGACAAACUUUACAUGGGUAACUUGUUGAUGUAAAGGAACUAUAGAGUUUGAAGUUCGUUACGAUUAUUGUUUAAUAAUAGCCAGCUUUGAUCAUCAUUUGAAAAUAGCCAGCUUUGCAGAAAAGAAAAAUUUGAUCACAUGAAUAUUGUCAUGAAACCUAGAACACUAGUAACUAGUGUUCUACACUCUAGGUUUCAUGACAAUAUUCAUGUGAUCAAAUUUUCUUUUCUGCAAGGCUGACUAUUGUCAAAUGAAGGGAGGGAUCUGAAUGUACUUUUAUCAAAUGAGUAUGUUAGAAAUAUUAAGAAAUUCUUUGUUGUGUUUUUUGUUUUAUGACUCUACUGAGUUCUCAAUCUGAAAAAAAAAACAUAUGUAUAAAACCCUUCUUUCUUUACAAAAAAAUUUUAUGUGAAGACAGAAUUUUUUAAUAUUUUCACUGUUCAUUAAAAGAAGUGGAAAUCGUAGAAAUGCUCCAGAACUUUCAUACAUGUACAUCUGUACUUUUCAAGACAUUAAUAAGCAGACUCUUUUACAAUGGCAGUUAACCUCUUACCAUAAUAUUAUUAUCCAUUUCACCUUCACCCACAAGUAAUAGUUUAUGUGACUUAUUUGAAAUCUUAAACUCAGGAAUUGUUACUUCAGGCAUAAAUGCAUACAUGCAUUGUAUUAUUGUUAUACAUGUACUGGUAUGUAUUUUCUUGAAUGUUGGAACACCUAACAAUUUAUAUUUUUAAGGAUGCAAACUUUGGCAAUACUCCAUGUUGGGGAUAUGAAGAAGAAUGCCAUGUUAAGAACCAGUUCUCCAAGCCACACUGUAUUCAUCAUCACAAACCAUGGUCAGUACAUCUUAAAAUGUUUCAUUUAGAAAAUAAAAUGAUAGUGUACUGCAAAGAAUCUUAAGUUGUGGUACAUGUAAGUGGCAUGAAUAUUGGGUUUAUUUUUUUGUGUUAGCACAAUCCAUUUCUAACCUAGAAAAUGAGCAUUAUUGAAACCACUUAGGGCGGUGUUUAUAUGAGGUGAGCCAGCAAGGUUAGCCAGGUUGGCCUGCUUUAUCAGGCUGGCGCGGCUCAUGUCUUGUGUCCUUAAAAUAAGUUGUAAGUUGUGUUUAUAUGAGAAGGCAGGCUAGCUGGCCUGCUUGCAGAGAUCUCAUUACGGAAGCACGUCUAUUGAAACACAUCGAUAGUAAAAUGCAAAUUUUUCUGUCAAUCAAAUGACUCCUAUUAUUUGUUGGUGGAAAUUGGUGAAAUGUUUUGAUUGUUUUGGAGAUGACAGAAGAACUAAAGAUACCAGAAAGAUCAAGUUAUUCGGUCUUAACCUUUGUGUGUUGCGUGACUUUAUUCAGUUAGUAUAGCAUUCCCAUAACUCUCCUGCAUUAAAAUGUUCGGUAUUAAAAGUCUGAAGCUAAGCUUGAAUAAUAACUAAAAAUAACUUGUCAAAAUAACUUGAAUGCCCUAGAAGGCGAGCAUCUGAGAAAUCAAAGAGUAAGUGUAAGUGAAGUGACAUGAAUCGAUGAGGUUGUAAAUACAACGUUUCUUCAAAGUUUUUUUUCGUUCUGAAGUCGUCAAGUCACAUGAAAGAAUUAUUAUUUCAUAAAACGUAUAUGAAAUGAAAUGAAGAAAAUCAAGAAAUCGAAAAAAUCUAGGAUACAUGUAUUUCAGUUUGAUAUAAAGGGUAUAGAUGACAAAUUGCGUACUGACUGUUGGGAAUGGGUAACACUGACAAAAGAACUCACAAUUGGAUGAAUCGAAACAGUUUUAAUCUCACCCGCUGAUCCCCUGAUCUUGGUUCCCUUAUGGUUACAAAACCAUGCAUUCCUUUUUAAACUAUACCAAACAUUCGAUUGUUCAAAGUUCAAAAACUAAUCCUAGAUUAAUCUGCUGACACAGAAAGGUAAGUUACAACAUGUAACGCAAGUCAUGAUGUAAGUCAUGACACUCUCCCCCUAUUUGACACUAGAGGUGACAAAUACUACAAAGUGAAAACCAGAAUCAAAUGUCAAUCAAAUUUUCAAAUCAUUUCCUUUUCCCACUCUGCAAUGUCCUUAAUGUUCUUUACUGCUGUAAUAGUAGCUGUCCUGGGAGUAGUCACUCUGGCAUGUGGGUUAGGUAGUGGAACUUCUGGUUCCUUGAAGCAAUCACAUGAUAGCUCCAUAGGACUCAAUUGUUGAAUAUCUCAUCCCGGAAAGGAUUUCCCUGCCCUCAAUCUCGCUCAUCAGACGUUCCCCUCUCUUUCUUUGAUCAGCUUUACCACAAUGCUUAUAUUCCACUUGCCCCUGUUAUGCUCAUCACUCUGUAUUAUUAGAACAACGUCUCCUUGCUCAAUGGGUGGUCCACCUUUGUUAUGGUUGAGGUUAUGCCUUUCUCUCAAGGUCUUGAUCUACUCCCCUGCGCAUUGGAACCAUAACACAUUAUUGUAAUGCCCAAGAUAACUUGAACAUUUCCUGAGAUCCUUGUCUUUAACUGAAUCAACACCUUCCUUGGAUAACAGGUUGGGCUGACGAAACAUCAUGCUCUGAGGUGUCAGUGCAGGCAGUUGUAUAUCCUCUUUAACGUACAGUGUAAGAUAAGGAAUGGUUAUUGAGAGCAAUUUCGGCAUCUGGAAUAACUUGUUUGAGUUCUGAUCAAGUGAGAUUGGCUCCUUUGAUUGACUUAAAAGACCUGUUUUACCAGCCCCACUAUAGCUAGCCCCUGAAACUGACCACCCCACCAAGGGGCUCGACUGAGGUUAAACUGCCAGGUGAUAUGAUUUCUGGAUAGGUAGUCAUGCAUCCUUUCAUCCAUCAUAAUACCUCGUAACCAUCUCGCAGCAGUCAUGAAAGUUCUACCAUCACCAGAGGACACCUUUUGGGGCCUCCCCCUUCUUGCUAUGUAUUGCUUGAAACUCUUGAUAAACACCUCUGCAAACAGCAGGAUGCAGGCUUUUCUGGUUUCUCUCUUGGAACUGGCCUUGUUUGAAAUUGGACUGGCAUUGUCCAAACACACAACUUGGAAAGGAACUGGACUGGUGGUGUGUUCAACUGGCAGAUUUCCUGGUGGUGGGUUUUGAAAGGCUGCAGCCUGAAACCUUUUACAUCCAAAACACCAUGAUUAACCUUCUUUGUUACAUGUAAACGUCUCAGGCGAGGUAUCCAGAGACAUUGCAUCUGAUGUAGGUUAUGGUAAGGCCCACUCCCCCAUGUAAUGUCAUUGCGUGGGCAUCUUGUAUUAACUUCUCUGAUAGCAAUGUAUUUGGUGGUAGGUAAACUGGAUAGCUUCCUAAUGUAUUCUUCCAUGACAUUCGUUCACUCCUUUGCUGUUCUUCUGUAAAUUUCAGCUCAACUGGUCCUGCUUGAAUUUCUCUGUCCCCAUGUUGCUUUCUUGUGCUCUUUUUACGCACCAAUGGACUGUCUUGUCUGUCUCAGGUGUGGUCAAAGGGCCGGCAAGCCCCUCUGAUUUGUUCUCCUUACAGUUUCAUACAAAGCACAUAAUCCAUGCUGUCACUUAAACGCCGUUUACCAUUAUAAGUAUAUAAAUGUGUUUAAAACGCCUUUCACCUUAAUACCCCUUUUCCUAGAUGAGGUUGCAUAUAGGCUCUUCAGGAUUUCGUCCACUUUUUUGGGUAUCUUACAUUCAGACUUUGCAGAUGAUAUUGCAUCAUCCCACCCAGAAAGAAUGGUGAUUGCACAAGGCCAAACAAAGCAUGAGUGAACCUUAUAAACACCUCAGCUUCAAAUGUUGUUGUGUCCUUGAACCAGUGGAACUGCAGGAUGUCUCUAUCUCCUGCUCUAAUGCGCACUUGUAGGAAUGCUUGCUUGAGGUCACCAGCUAAUGUUAUUGGUUUAAGGCGGUUUUGAACUAGCACAUCCCAAUGGAGGUUCUGAAGAGAAGGUCCUGUUUCCAAGCAAUCGUCAAGUGAGGGACUCUUCUUGUUAGCCUUGGUUGAAGCGUUAUACACAAUUCUAAGCUUAGUGGAUUCUGCUUAUUCUCUGAUGACGGGCUUAUAUGGUAUAUAAAACUCCUUUCCUACUGGUUCUGAUGUCACUCUCUCUACAAUCCCGGUCACCAGCUGAUCUUGAAUUAAAUCAUCGUACCGUGCUAGGAGAUUCAGCUCUCUUUGAAGUUUCUUGCCCAGGUUUUCAAGUCUUCUAAGACUUCGUUGCUUGUUGUUUGGUAUGGGUUUGUGCCCAUGUUUCUGCAGCAAGCCUGUUUCAUACCAACCAUGCAUCCACGUUCUGUCUUAGCUGUUCUGUAAACUUUUCAUGUACACUCUGUUGAUUCCUGUCUGCUCUAUCUUUUAGGCCCAGCGUGUCUAGACUACACAGCUGUUCAUAGUCUGCUGAGGAAGUUCUAGUCAUGAUUUAUUCACUUGUCAGCCCCACCUCCUUGAUUAGUGCUGCCAAGGCAUACACACUACCAGCACCCAUGUCUAAUAAUGCUUGGCCUGACUGUUACCCCAUCCAGAUUGACGACCACCACUGGGUUAAAAAAAAGAAAACUGCAUGUUCAUAAGUGGUUAGCAAUAACUGUGGCUGUUCUUUGUCACAGAUUGACAUGUAAUGUCUACCAUUACACUUCUGGCAACUUCUCUUGAUACGACACUCUGCUGCUCCGUGUCUGGUACCAGUGCAAUUAAAACAUAACCUCUUCUCACUAAGAUGCUUCUUCCUCUCUGCCACACUUACCACCUUCUUACAGUCCACAGACUUGUGCUCAGCUGAACCACAGUACACACAUGGUCUCUGUUUCCAGUCUUCUUGCCUUGAGUUAAAGAACCUGUCUUGCGACUUAACAGACUGGUUGGAUGAGUGUAAAGGAUUUGGGUCACACCACUUAGGAAGUGCCUCCAACACUACUAGUCUUGAGGAAAUGCCCAUUCUUGCCAGGCGUCGUCCAAAUGAACAAGGUCAGCUCUAAUGCCGGGUAAUUUGUCUAGGGUAACCAGUGCUGAUUUCUCUUAAUUUCCCCAUCGUGUCCACUGCUUUAAUAUUUGAGGACAGCUUUUUAAACUCUUGCUGGUUGUGAUCCAUGUAUGGCAGCUGAUAGGGUGAUUAUGCACUGCAUAUGUGUGAAGGCAAUUUUACUUAGCCUUCUGUACUUGGCUUACAAGAUGGCUUUGACGUGUUCAUAUCCCUCUGUAUUGCAAGGUAGACCAUCAGCAACAGAACAAAUCUUUGGAAUAUUAAGCAGCUCUUUCAGAUAAGAAAACUUUGCUACUUGGGUAAUUUCGGUUUCGAACUGGUUCCAGAACCGUAGCCAAUCCAAAUGGGUACCUUGAAACAUAGUGAUGGUUAAUUUGAGUAACUUCACACCGUUUUCCUUUGCAGACCUUUUUCUAUCCUCCUCGAGUUUCUUCUCAAAUUCUCUCUUGACCUUACUUCUUCUAAUAGCUCUUCUUCAAAUCACCAUGUGCAUUUCUCCUCUUCGACUUUUUCUUCUUCCCAUUUCACUUCUACUUAAAAAAAAGGCCUCUUCACACAGAGUCUUCACCAUUCUUCUCACAUCAUCUGUGAUUUGUUUGUAUGCUGGGACUACCGACUUGCUUUUCUAUCUCUAGACUCCUUUUAUGCACAUCGUUAGGUUGAUCUCCUUUUUCUAUUAUUUCAGCGCUUGAAUUUCUACCAUCUGUUCGUGAACAUUUCAAAAAAAAAAAUUAUUUAUCAAUCUGUUGCUCCAAGGCUUUUUGUUAUAACUCUGCUUCCUUCAACUCGUUCUUUUCUUGGAUUCCGGGUACAUCAUCUCUAGUAAAUUUCAACAGGCAUAAUUAAGAGUUGAUCUUUUUCAAAGUUUUUUCAAGCUCCGUCAUGUUGUUUACAAACGUGGUCUGUUCACUGCAUUGUAUUCUUCAUGUGAAACUGAACUCCAGGUUACGAUUUUCUCAAGAAUUGGUCCUGGAAGGGUCGCCACUUUUUGUUGAGAAUUGGUAACAUGCACCAACAAAAGAACUCGCAAUUGGUUAAAUUGAAACAGUUUUAAUCUCACUCGCUCACACCCUGAUCUUGGUUCCCAUAUGAUUACAAAAGGUCCAUGCAUUCCUUUUUAAACUAUAUCAAAAUGUCCGAUUGUUCAAAGUUCAAAAACUAAUCCCAGAUAAAUCUGUCAACACGGGAAGGUAAGUUACAACAUGUAACGCAAGUCAUGACACGAGUCACAACACUCAAGACAAAAGCAACAUCGAGCAAAGUUUGAAACCCUUCAACUUCAUGUUUGUUUUUCUUACAUUCUACUGGCUUAAAUCCUUAAAAUAUGUAACCUUACACUUCAUGUUUGCUUUUGUUGCACUCUAUACAUUACACUCUAAUUAUUUAUUUGGUCAAAAAAGGACAAGUUGAAUGAUCAUUGUAGUUUCCAAUAAAAAGGAGAGUGCUGUGAAAACGUCUCACAGUCAUCUCAGUGUAAGACAAAGUAACAAUUACGGUAAGUUAAAUUACCUUUGUAUUGUGGAAAUGCUCUAACACUUCACUCAGCGAGUCAAAGGACGCGGCAUGUGUCAGCAUCAUAUAUCCUUUGUGAUGGUGCAGACACAUUGUUUUCAUGGGACUCGUGAUUUUAAUUUGCAGGCGACUUGUUUAAAUAGGCACUAUUCCAUAAUGAUAAAGUUUCCGUCAACUGACAUCUUAUACAUACACAAGAACAAUAAUAUUAUAAUUAUUAAUUAUUAAAUUUUUACGAAAACAAGGCAUGAACCAAAAGCGCUGCCCGGUAAGGUGGGCCAGCUUGGCAAAAAAAAAAAAAAAAUCACACCAGAGUUCUCCCCAUAUAGAAAGGCCCUUAACAUCUAGUGUUAAUUAAUUAUUAAUUUCCAUCAAAUUACAGAAUAAUGUUUAUUUAAGAGACUGUUAGGGCGCAAAAUAAAAUUAUAGGAAGGGUUAAAUGUAAUGAGCAAACAAAUGCUCAGUACAUGUACAUGUUUGCUUUUCUGAAUAUUACAUUGUAUUUAUUUAGUGCAUUUCCAUGCUGUUUGUUUUGAAACAAUGUAAAAUUAUGCACCAACAAUUAGUUGAAGGUUUUCUAAGAGAAAACCGUGAGGUGCACAAGUAUACCUACCAACUUUUUCUGAGUCACAUGUGUGAGAUUUUCAUGUUGUCAUGACCAGGAUUUCCAAAAGUGUCAAUCCCAGCGACUUCCGAAGGUUUCCAACAGUUUUCCGAAAAUUUCCAAAGAUGUUCCAACGAUCUUUGAGCACUUCUGAAGCUACUUAUAAAAGAUGACAAUUUUAGUGUGUUUUGAUUUCAUUAGGACACAAAGUCAUCAUUCAGCACCUUUUUGGAAUAAAUUAUAUUUUUUGUGGAAAUGCAAUUGAAUUUACGUUAUUAAUCAUGUGUAAAGAAACAAUAAAUUUUUUAUUUGUCGCGAUUUGUGACUCUGGCAUGAGGAAUUGUGGUUGAUGUGUGAGAUCAAUGUUUUUAGCCCACAGGUGUGAGACUCAUGCAUAAUGCGUGAGAGUUGGCAAGUAUACUCAUGUAUUUUGGGAUCACUUAAUGUCUGUAAGAUGAAACCACUUCUCUGUUGUUUAUACAUGUAAGGCAAAAACUGCCAGAAAAAAAGAGGAAAAUUAAAAAUAAUGAUUAUACAUGUAGUAAUAAAAUGAAAAUAAAUAAAUAAAAAACAAAUAAGUAACUAAAUUAUAAAAAAAAACAUUUUUUUGAAAAAUAAUGUAAAAGAGAAUGAAGAAAAACAAAAACAAAAAGCAAAAGAAAAACAGCAACAUCAAUACCGAGAAAGUAGUGAUAGUUUUUGCACAGAACCCAAGUUCUGAGGACCCUGAAUUUCCCAGAUUCAGAUCAAGCAAGGCGUGUACAAUAAUAAACAUAUUUUUGUUAUAAGAGCAUGCAGAGCUUUGCAUUGUGACCUUAUUAGAUAGAAAUAACUGCAGCAUUUAAUAUUAUUAAUGCAAUCACUUACAUGUAUUAAAAUAUCAUUGAUAUUGUUGUUAGGUAGUAACAGUCAAUUAAACCGUAAUGAGAAAAUUUGGGUGAUCAUUGAACUCUACAGGGCUAAGACCUUAGAGGACCAGGUCAGAUUAUUUUGGGAACAGGGAGAUUUUGGUUAUAUCAAGAAGAUGAAGAGACAAUUACUGGAUUUAUGCCAGCCCAAUGAACCGGUAAUGAUGUAGAUAGGUACAUGCACAAUAUGAUAUAUGCAGUCUGUCACUUAAGGAGAAGAAACUUUAUUUAACAAGCAUGCAAGCAUACCCUUUAGAUGAAGAAUACACAUUCAUGUGAAAAGGGUGAACUGCAGACUGAUGUGCAGACAAUAAAAAUAAUAUCAAUGAAGCAGUGAUUUACAUGUAUACAGAUGUGCACAUGACUGACUUUAAUAUAAAUACUUUCUCUCCUUUUUGAUCACUUUAUACAUGUAUUGAUUUUCGUUAAACUUAAUUCAAUCCAACGCUCGAUCUAUUACUUUGCUUUUUUUUAAGGAAGAUUCUUCAUUGAUAUGUACCACUAAUCUUUGGUAUUGUCAUGCCAAGAACAUGUACUUUGAUUUCAAAAAUUUCAACCCCGAUUCUUCAACAGACAGGUAAGAUGCUGCAGAUAGACGCUGACUUGGUUACCCCCUCUCGAUCUCGCCCUAUCCUGGGAACAUACAGUAGCCUGCACCCCCAUUGCUCCCGAGGGUAGCAAAGAGAUGACUGAUAUUCUAGAGAGAGACAACUGUUACAUGACUUGAGAAAAUCUUUAAUUCCAGCUUGCCCUUUGGGCAAGCAGCUCUCACAUUUUGUUUGCUUUGGGGUCAAGUCAUGCCUGUCUUAGUUAAUGAAUGAUUUUGUUAGAGAAUGCAGGGCUUACAAUUGUAUCUCUGUUAGUUUUGAGUUCUUCUGUAAAUGGGAGGCAGCAAAAUGUAAAAAAAAUGCUUCUUGUAAAUAAUAGUAGAUUCCAUAAAUAUAUUGACUAAUGAAUACUGCCUUUAUAGUCGCAGGGUGCUACGGGAGUGAGCCAUUGUAUUCAUAAGCUACCUCACCUCCAAUUGAUAAUUGAGUGUGGUGCACUAAUGGUUAAAAAAAAAUGGCAUGCAUCCAAGUAGCAACACUACAAAGUCCUGAACUAUUGCUUCUGCCCAUGACUACAAUAUAGUAACUCUUUCUAACAUGCACUACUAGGAGUAUGUAUGUGAAACACCAUGUGAAAAACAUGUGAAAAAUGUCCUAUUUUCACACUCUUUUCACACAUUUUUCACACGUUUUUCACACACUUUUCACAUGCAUUUCACACACAUAUUUCACGUGCAUGUGAAAUUUUGCAUAGUGAAAUAUAUGUGAAAAGGGUGUGAAGCGACGUCAUCCCUUUCACACAUAUUUUCACAUACACUUCACAUGGGGUUUCACACAGGCUUUCACAUGUAAAUCCUCAUUUAAACUCACACAUAUUUUCAUACACUUCACAUGGGGUUUCACAUGGGCUUUCACAUGUACUUAAUCCUCAAUGAAUGGCAAAACAUCUAGAAUUUCACAUGCUACUAAUUCACACAUUAUUUUCGCAUACACUUCACAUGAGGUUUCACAUGAGCUUUCACAUGUAAAUCCUCAGAGAUCGGAGAUCAUGAAUGGCAAUAGAAUUUCACUACCCUGCGAGCAGAGGUUUGUUUACACGUAAACAAACCAACUACGCGACAGACAAGCCACCCAAGCAACUUCGUAAAUGCUAAAAGCCAUGCAAGAGAGAAAACUUCGCUUGCAGGGUAGAAUUUCCCAUACCACUUCACACAAAUUGGGUAUGCUGUUUCACAAGCAAAUAUUCAGUAAAUCAACUAGCUUAGAUCAAUUUACACACAAAUUUACAUUUGCACUUUCCGCUUGCAAUAAAUUUGUCUGAAGUACUGUCAACUGCAUGCAUAUAGUCACAAACAACUUCAGGUUUAUAGCCUGAUCUGUUGGUUUAUUUAUAAUUUUACGGGUAUUUUCAGAAGAACUUGAUUUAUAUAAAACUGGCAAAAAGUGAAAAGGAAACUGGAUAGAAUUGAUUGGCAAACAUAUUAUAAACACAGUGAAACUCAGUUCAACUGACUCACAUGUCCCAAAAUGAACUUAAAUGUAAAUUUAAGUUACUCAAAAAAGGCACAUAAGGCUAAUGGAAACAUCAAUGUCUAAUCCUGUUUAUUUGUCAAUAUUUAUUGCCUGGAGGAUAAUAAUAAAAACAAAACUUUCAAUCAUGCUCAGUUUUUAUACCUAUUAUUCCUACAUCAAUAAAAUAACUAAUAGUAUACUAAUUUUUGGUUAGAAAUAUUUCUUAUAAAUUGUAAUAAUUAUGAUAGUGAAUGACAUUGUGGCCAAUCUAGAAUUUCCACCUAUUAAGGAAUACCAAGUUACAGAAAAGCAAUCUAGCACUCAAUGUCAGUGAAAAGACAAAGUAAAUAAACAACUUUGAAAAAUACAAGCAUGUUUAUGGAAAAAAAAUAAUGCUAACUGACUGCUUCUUUCAAAGUGGCUGAACAGCUUUCUGAACUGAAGGUCCACACAUCAGACUAGAUAGAGCUGCCUUUUAUUUUUGACCUUAUUGCAGAUGUAUGAAUAUUAUGAAUCGAAGCUCAAAUAAACAAAUCUACUCAAAUUUUAUAGGUUUAGUUCUACUCUCAAGUCAUUAUAAAUUAACUGGAAACUUAAUUGCUUCCAACUUGUAGUAUACAUUGCAUGCAUAUCGGAAACUUAUGCUAUUUCUUCUCCUAUUUUAUUUAACAUUGGUCUUGACAAGUCUGCCACAGCCUACUAGCGUCAGAACAUAAAAUUUUCAGAGUAUUCCAUUGACGAUUUGCAACAAAGAGUACAGUUUUUUCUGCAGUAAACAAAAAGGAAUCAAUCAAUGGCAUAUCUGUGCAUGCUUCUUAAAUUAAGAUGUAUCUUUGAAAGUUUAAGCUUACGCAAAGUUAUUAGAAAACCAAAGUAAGCUCUUGUUACGAACCACGAUAUCAAGAAGAACAUACCUUUCUGCGAUAAUCCAGCCGAGUUGCUGACUUGGAAACAUGCUUUUUGUGAAGAAUUUUGCAGUUGAUCACUGUCUCUCGAAAAUAACAUGGGUAUUAUUGAAAGACAGUCUUUCUAUCUAUCCGAAAGUAACGAAAAUAUUCUGUUUGCAUCGUUGUGUUGCUUGUGAAGUCCGCGUGAAUUUGAACUAUUCAACGGAACUUCAUUUUACAAUUUUCUAUUGGUUGAAAAGCCGCACGUGACAUUGUAAAUCAAAUCGCGCAUGUGCUAAAACCACGGGGAAGCCUGGGAAACAACAAACAUGGCGGCUAAUCUUGCGAUAGAGAAAGUGCACUCGUUUGAGUCGAAAAAGCGGUUAUUUUCAGCAUUGAUUAGAAUAUUCCAGCGCAUUUGAAGUGUUAGAAGCAAGAGAAAAACUUAACAUUGUUCCUUCAAGUUGGGAAACCUUUCAGAAUUUAAGGAAAUGCUGGCCUUCACUACAUGAAUCUAAGUCAGGCGACUAAAUACGUUUAUAACAUAGCUAGAAAAUUCGCCUAAUCAAAUUCAAUAGCGCGAGCGUGCUUCAUAUUCCUAUUGAGCACGCUGAUGACGUCAAUAAACUAUUCGUAAUUCCUCGAGUUGUUGUGAGCUUAGCAAUCCUGAGUCUCUUGAGUGCAUCCAUAACUCAGCAAUAGACAAUGAAGCGUUUACCAUGUGUUUUGUAAAGAAAUUUAAGAGGAAACGUUUGAAUUUGUUAACCGAUAGUAAGGAAAAGAGGUGAGUGUUGUUGUUGUUGUUGUCAUCUCCGCGAGCUGUGCGGGCUAUGGCGUGAGCUCAUUCUUUGCAAAGUUGUUUUCUCUCAAUAACAAUUUUUCGGUAAAUUAAUAGUUUUCCGGCACCUAAAUAUGGAUUUUACAAUCAUUUUAGAGUACACUUUCUCUCAGUUUCAGGAUAAAAACAUAAGAUUAACUGUGAGGAAAAAAGAUAUAUUCACGUAAACAUUGACGCGUACUGCUUUGAGCGCGCCCUUCAAUAAUAAAAUUUUCAGUUAACUGCUGCAUUGAUCGCUUUGAUAAUGUUAUAAAACAAUUAGUUCAUGCUGCAGCUGUGCGUAUGUCGAGGUAUUGAGCACUUGGGAAGUUUGGAGAGCACUCAAGAGGCUAGAGUUGCACUCGGCUGCGCCUCGUGCAACUCUUACGCCUCUUUCGUGCUCUCCAAACUUCCCGCGUGCUCAAUAUCUCGACAUACGCACGCUGACGCAUGAACUAAUUGUUAAGUUGUGUACGUUGUUCAUGUUGGAUAAGCUCAGGUACGGAAAGCUCAUUGAACCAAAGACAACUUGAGCAAACCAAGAGCAUGCCAGUUGUUUGCUUCAAGGAAUCAUUAGUUGAACGAACGGUAUCAAAAGAAAUCUCAAAAAGCAUGCAAAGCAAGGAACUGUUGCAUGUUCAAGUGGACUUUCAAACGUUACAACGAGGAACGUUACAGUAAGACACAAAACAUUCAUAAAGUGUAGUUACAUAUGUCGUAUAUGUUAGCAAAGUAAGUUUUCUGAUGGAGUAAUAAACUUAAGUCCGUUUUGUCCUCAAUGAAGAUCUGUUGAAAGAAUGGUUUAAUUCUCAGGAUUUAGCCCUCCCCACUUAACAAAAAUCAUGGUGCACAUCUUUCUGGGUGGAAACUUAAGUGGUAAGAUACACAACCCACAAAUUUAGAUGAGACAGUUGACAAAAUACAUAAAUUUAUAUAGCAUGUUCUAGCAAACAAUGAAGACAAUGAUAUUUGUAAAGAUGCACAUGUGGAUCGGAUGCUCUAAAGGUUUACCCUGGUCCCAGAGGUUUUUCUUGAUUAUUCUUCGCGAAAGAGAUCAAGAGCAAACCUCGAAGCGGCGACAACGAGUCGCGAAAGCGACGAGGAGAGAGAGAAAAACCUCUGGUUACCUUGGCCUCGAAUCUCACUUUCAUGCAGACGACAGCUGUCAAACGCGUCAAAUUGCUAAUAAAAAGAGUGACCAAUGGCAACUUAGCAAACACGUGCUUAUCAGCCGCUAUUUUUUUAAGUGGGGGUAGACCUGGGGAAAUUAUGUUAUGAACAAACCAUCUUCACUUGGGUGGUAAAGAGUGAUUUGUUAAUCGGGGUCAAGCUAAAGCAUGUGUUAACGAUGGGCGACAAGAGUCCAGGAAUAAGAAGACCACUUUAUAAAGAAACCGACAUUGUUUCAAACGAAUGCUGCAGGAUUUGCAGAAUUUAUUUGGGUAUAAUAACAAGUAUUUUUCACAAACAUUGUCAUCUGUUCUGUCGGCAGUGUGCCAGCGGGAAGUUGUAAAGUUUGCGAGAGUCUAUCAAUCGCGCUUAUUACAUUGUUUACUUCUGCGGGGCGCGCCGUUCGCGUCGAUUCGCGGGCAUUCCCCUGAAAAUAGUAAUAUUAAUAUGUAUUCUGGCAAUCUGGCUCUCAUUUUGGUUUGGUGGCUCCAUUUCCUUUUUUUGUGGAACAACGACGCUAGGAAGAGUCAUGCAGCACAACAAACCCUUAAGGUUCCGAAUGUACUUUCAGAGGUUUUUGUUGGCCCAAUAGACCUAUUCGGCUAACUCAAUGUACCCAAUUCAAACCCUUUGGGAAUAAAACGUUUUGUUUCAGGAAUUUCCAUAUCAUUUAAAUGUGAAUGCCACAUUACAAUGCAAAUGCAAUACACAAAGAAUCUUAUCCCCGGGAGAUUUGAAUUGGGUACAACAUUGAGUUAGCCCAAUAGGUCUAUGCCAAAAAUAGCGUCGGUUAGAUCUUUUUCGGGCGUCGCAGGAAAAUCAAGCUGCACCGAAAAUGAUUACGCACUUGUACAAAGUUGUAUGUUUUUUUCCUACAAGGAAACUUUCAUUCCGUAUUCGGAGAUUUUUUAUUUUGCUGCCCUAAACAAGUUAGUUUAUUUAAUGGAAUGACAGUAUUGUAACAGAAAAUAUACUUUCCAUGUCCGGUUGAUAAAAUGGUGAACACAUCCUUUCGACUCAACGCAGCGAACAAAGCUUUCUUUUGUUGCUCAGUGAGACUCGGGAAAGCGCUCAUUAAGUACCGAGGUCAAAAUUUCUUCGAAUAUUCUUUCAGGAACAACAUCCAUGGCGUGCCUCUACGUGCCUUGGUCCCGUGCAAAUGUUAUUGCGAGUGCAGCAUACAAACAAUUUUCUUCCCUAGUAGAGAGAGGCAAAAUGAGGUGUGAAAAUCCUCAGCGUCCCCUCGGUAGUUACAAUUAAACGAGCCAAUCAAAUUGGUUUGCGCGUUUGAAAAACUAUCAACCAAUCAACGCCCGAGGGUCAGAUCCUGACCCUGUCGUCAGCAUGGAAGUGAGAUUCGAGGCCAAGGUAACCAGAGGUUUCUCUCUCUCUCUCCUCGUCGCUUACGCGACUCGUUGUCGCCGCUUCGCGGCUUGCUGUUGAUCUCUUUCGCGAAGAAAAAUCAAGAAAAACCUCUGGGACCAGGGUACUAAAGGUUUUAAUCAAGCCAAAUAUAAUGAAGAAUGUACAGUGUAUUCAGGGGUUUCAAAAUGUUUUUAAGUAGGUGCCAACUCUGGAAAAGCAGGCGGCUGUGACAAUCGAGAUUGUUUGUCACAAGCUAAUUGUUAUGACCAGCGCAGCCAGCGAUAUACAGUCGAGUAGCCGGGAGAACCCUAGUCUGUUUUGAAACCCCUGUGUAUUUAAUAAUAAUUAAUACAGUUAUUGACUGAGAGAUCUGGUUGCAAGCUAGAUCAUGAAAAGAGCUUUGAAUGUUAAUUCCAGUCCGCUGCUUUACAAGAGGGCCCCUCUGGGGCUUGGCACUUUGGUAUAUUGGGGUUCGCCUUUAAUUGUUUUGAUGAUGAUGAUUUGUAACAGCAAGUUUGUUGUGAUCACUUGCCUUAAAGGUCUGAUGCAUUAAAGUAUAGUGAAUUUUCUAGAUUAGUAACUUAUCAAAUCUUAUUCUUCAAAAAUUCAUGACCCUCAUAGUCAACUUACUUUGAUAUUUAUCAGCUAUGAGCCAUAGAAUGCUAGAUGUGGCAUGGCAUGAAAUUUAAUUUUGCAGUUUUUAUGAGCCAUGAAAUGCCUUUCAUGGGGUAUUCACUAGAAAUUCAUGGCAUUUUCAUAAAAAUAUGGUUCAUAGUGGUUGCAUUUUACAAGCCCUGAAAAAAAUUCACAUGCUCACUCUGACAUGCCUAAAAGUGUUCACAUGCAUGUGAAAAAUUUCACAUGCAUAGCAUCUACUAUGCAUGUGAAAUUUGAAGUUCACAUGCAUGACAAAAUUGUUUCACAUGUAUGAAAAGAUUUCACAUGGAAUAAAAUGCAUGGAAAAAAAGUUCACACAUAUGACAAAAAUUUUUCACAUGUAUUACAAAAUUUCACACGCAUAUCAAAAAGUUCACAUGCAUGUGAAAUGCUGAUGUGGUGAACUUGUAUUUUUUCCAACAUUGAUUUCACAUGGUUCCUUUUUUUCACACACUUUUCACACCCUUUUCACACGAUUUUCACACACAUAGCCCUAGUAGUGAUGGUCACUAUAGGAUUUGCCUGCCGGUUGUCUGUUUGACCCUUGAGAGCUGGGGUGCCUGUUGUUUCAUUUUGUAAGAAUACUUGUACGGGCAUGUGGUAUAAAUAGGUAUCAAUCAACCCUAGAUGUCCAUUUUAGGAAGGUGUACAUCUUAUUUACAGUGUAAAUACAUGUAGAGGACCCUGGCACUAGCUAGACUAUAAAUAUUUCAGUCAUGACAAAAUUAAUCACAGGUUUCGAGAAGAUGUUUUCAAAGAAGGUGAGGUGGGUGGUCAUUGCUCUUUCAAGAAAGAUUUGCACAAGAGUCAAGGGAAAAACAAAAGUCCCCUUCAGUCCUGGUGAGUUGACCCAGUGUACACAUGAUUCUUGCCCCAUUUUACUACUAGAUUAUAGCCUGGUUUUCACUAGCGAUGGAAUCGGAGUCGGAGUCGUAAUCAGAAGCAUAGAACUUUACAAUCUAGUGAAAACAGUGUUCUGAUUCUGCUUACCACUUCUAUGUUUGUGAUCAAGUGAAAACUUAAGGUUGUCGGAGUUGCAAGCCGAGAAGCAGAACUAAACCAAUCACAAAGUGUGGGAACAUGCAUUGUGAUUAGUUUAUCUUUCCGCUUCUGCUUCCGACUCAGACAAUCUGGUUUUUACUAGACCGUAAGCGACAGAGUCAUAAUAAGUGGAGUCAGAAGAAAAUGGAACCUUUCUGAUUCUUCCGUCUCCGAUUCUGUCAUGCUUAUGACUGAUUGCCUAGGACUCUAAUUUUUUAUUUUCACUGAGUCACUAGCGCUCUUACAACUCCACUUAUGACUUCAACUCCGUUGCUUGUGCAAACUAGCCUUAAGUAUUAUUAACAUAUUAAAUAUGUAGGUUCAGAUAUGUACAUGUACUAAUGGGCUUGUGAGAUAUGGCUUUCUGAUGCUAGUAUCACCUAUACAUUUAAAGUCAGUCUUGAAGGGAGAGAGAGGUGGUUGUGGGUGGUUUAUGUACUAUGUUAUGCUUUUGCAGUUCCUAAAAAAUUAAUAUUGAGUCUACUAGUUAACUGAUCCAUUCUGCAUGUAUGCACUGUAACUAUAUGUUUUUAAUAGUUCCACUAGCCAAUUUGAUCGGCUGAUGUGGUGGAAGUGAAAAGUUUAUACAACAAUCAUGUUCUGUGUACCUUAGAGAAGCCAAAUGUGGGUGUUAAAAACUAGGUAAAUAAUAUGUAUAACUUAACAGGGCUGCUGCUAAAAUAUCAAGCUGCUGGGUAUUGAUGCAAUUAGUAGGAGGGGAAUUGUACAGCUAGAAAGUUCUUUUGGUUCUAUUAUCCUUUUGCUUUCUAUGAAAGUAGGUGAGGGCUUGCACUCAAAUCCCCAACCCCCAACACUUAGUGACAGCCUUGACUUAAUGCCCAAGUUUGAGAGCAUAAUUUAGGUCUUAUUUUUAAUGGGUUGUGACUAGAAUGGAUACCAUGAAAUCAGGUUGGACACCUUAUGUAACUUAUUACACAAUGCUAUACUCCUCUUUAACCAUUAAUUUAUGCAAAUUAUUUUAUUGGGCACAUUUUUGAGAACAAAAUUGGGGAAAGCACAGUAAGAGAGAGUAUUGCAAGGAAAAGAGUUGAAUUGUUACAGGGUUUAUCAGUGAAGUACGGUGAUAAGGGUUCAUUAAGCAUUCUUUUGAAAAUUGUAACCUUUCAAAAUUAACCAGUGUUUGCAGUUAGCACUUGUAGUGGAUAGGGACGUGGAUUAUAUGUAUCAGGUGAUGUUGGUUCAAGUCCUACAUAUACAUUCUACCUACUAUUUUCUUCCGUGUUCUUUUUCAUCUUGUUUACUACUUGACAGUACAGGCCAGGGGGAUUGCUGCACUUUAAUAUGGCAGAUUUAUGCUUGCAAAGGUGUGUAAUGCUGCAAUCUCUGCGGCCUGUUCUGUAAGUUACAAGACUCCUGUCAUGUAUUUUGAGUAAAGAUAUGGCAGUCUGAUUAUGGGGUAUAUAUUUCUUUCAAAACAAUUUUAGUGAUGAUGAUUUUCACACUUGUGAUUUGUUUUUUUCUUAUGCAAGGUUUGCAGAGUUAGAGCAUUUUACUUCACUUCCUGACAAACCUAUCCAGGCUGGAAACUGUGAUGUGGUAAUACAAAGACCAACAAUAUUUAUGAAAUUAGAUGCAGGUAAAUAUUAAGGGGGUAAACUUCAGACAGUCUUGGAAGGGAAGGAGAGUUUCCUUGGUAAAGGUUUUAAACUAAAAUAUUAAUCAAUUUUAUUUUUGUGCCUUAUCUCAUGCAUCAUGCAUGUGCUGUAUACUGCUCUAAAUAAUUGGUUUAAAUAAUCAGUCCCAGUCAUUGCCAGGUGAGCAGUUACAGUACAUAAUAGUACUGCCCUGUAGCGGCACCUUACAAAAUUAAUAAGACUUAUUGAUGAACUCGAGCAAAUUUAACAAAAAUAGACAGUCUGAUUUUAUGUUUUUUAAAAUUUAUUUGACAAAUUAAAAGAAUAUAACAAGUGUUGCAUGUAAUUGUACAAUACCUUUCUAAACUAACUUGACACUUGAUUCUCGAUCCUCGUGAGAAUUUUAGAAUUGAGCUUGUUCCAUCUCAAUUCUCGAAACUCAGUUCCUGCAAGACUUAUUGAACCGGAACGGGCUUUGUUUAGUUCUGAGUAAUUUGCCCCCUACUCUUGAUACACAAUUGCUGCAAAAAUCUACAACCUUUGUUCAAGUUUUGAGUAGUCUUCUAACAUGUCUCGUGUCCAUUUGAUUCCUGAGAAAAACUCCUGAACUAUGCAAAUUCAAGAUACAGUAGUAGUUGACAGACCCUCAGGAAAUUAAUUAAUUCAUUUGAAUUUUGGGAUCAGGGAUCACAAAAAAUGGAUGAAAAUGAGAUCAUUAUAUAAUCCACAUACUGUACCUCGUUACGACCCUGCCAACAGGCUAGGGCCUCAUACAUUGCUCAGGCAAAUAAACCAUGCGGUGUUGUGUUAUGUCAAUCUAAAAUUAUCGAGAAAUCAGUCAUUGGUGAGUCUUUUGUUUUCUGUCUUGUGGGACUCGAUCGUUGACUGGAUUCUCGAUAACUUUUUCUCGAUUCUCAAUUCUUGAUUCACCCAGGAAUCAAGAAUCGAGAAUCGAGUCAAGAAUGAAGACUCGCAAUGGACUGUCAACUUACUUUUGAACGGUACUGCUCUAACAGUAAAGCUACUACCUUUUUUACCUGUUUACAAUGACAAAAGAAAGAUUGCAAUGCUCGGGUCACUGACCUUUAGGGCCUGUUGACAUGGAGGCAGGGAACCCCAGGUAGGUUAGGUUAAACCUGCUUAGGUGGGGAAACCUGCCUGUCCAUAUAAUCUCUUAUGAUUAUGGUCACCCCAUCUAUCAUGUAAAUGUGAUCAAAUUAACAUGGGAGAUUGUAUGGACAUGAGGUACAUUAUCACACCUAAGCAGGUUACCUCACCUAUCUGGGUUCCCCCACCUCUAUGUACAAAUGUUAAACAAACCCUCACUCUGCAGUUUAACAUUCUACAUGGCUGUACUAAGAUCAUGGCUUGCCCAAUAAUAUAUCCAUAGUACAUGUAUUUUAAUUGACCACAAUCAGGUCAUUUAAGAUACUUUAAAUGACGUUUGCUGACAGUGUACAACUCUCAUUGACUCUGAAAGUGAAUAAAAUAGAUUAGAGGUUGUUUAUGUCAGUCACUGUCUUGCCAGGACAGAAGUCCUACAAACAUGCAAGCAAUAAUUUAGGACUAGACUCAGCCAAUACAGACAAUUAUUAUUCCACCUGCUUGUGACAGACUACAAAUGCCUGCAUAGGUUCACACACUUCAAAGCAUUCAACUUUAUUGACAGUUGUUUAAAAUUUUCAGGGAUCAACUUAUAUCAUCACUUCUGUGACUUUGUGAACUUGUAUGUGACACAGCACAUGAAUGGAAGUUUUAACACUGAUAUCAACAUUGUAAUGUGGGAUACAGUAAGUUUUUUUAAGUGCACUUUUGAUCAAACACUUACAUGCUAAAAAUGUAUGAAAUAAGGUAGACUAGCUUACUCCUGAAAAAUGACCCUGCACAAACAACAACAGAAAGAAAAACCACCAUCAUUCACAUUGGUGGAUUCUACGCCACAUAAUGGUUGCAAAUAAUCUGGUUGAACCUAAUUAUGUUGCCCAUACCUGUUAAAGUGUCAAUCUAAUUCCAGCUCACUGUCCAUGUCCACUCGUAGUAUUCAGUUCUUACUCGCUGUAGUAGUUAAUUUUAGCAAGACCAGCUUGCUGUUGGGUUUUUAAAAAUUUUAAACCCCAAACAGCAAGCUAGUCUUGCUAAAAUUAACUACCACAUCGAGACAUACAGUAAGAACUGAAUACUACUACCGUUAUUCAAUAAUAAUGGUACACAAUUUGAAUCGAUUAAAACAAACAAACCACCUGAUUUAAAAUUUAGAUCGAAUUCGCCACUAAGCAAACGGGCAUGAUUUUAUACUGUUAAUUAAUAAUUAUAUCAAAUUAAUGUUUAUGAGUAUUUUGUAUCUUGAAGUUACAAAAUGGCUAGGUGAAUGUUUCCUUUCUUUUUAGCAAUAAUUAGUAUUUUUUUUAUCAUAAAACAUUCAGUUGAUAGAGCAUUGUGUUUCACUGUUUUCUUGUUACGUUGGUACAGGGUUCUCUUUCAUAUCGUGACUUCUUCUCAGACACCUGGAAGGCAUUCACCAAGCAUCCAAUAAUCCGCUUAAAAGACUAUGCUGGCAAGAGGGUAAGUGUUUGGUUGUUGUGGGUGUUUGUAACCUCCCCGCAAUCCUAUUGAAAUUUCAGUCGACGCCACACAAGCAAACUUACAUUAUAUGUUUUAGUAAUUGACAGAGAAAGAUCCUUCUGCGUCAGUCAAGACUUAGCUUUGUUUUUUUUUCUUUUGGGGGAGGGGGUGGGGGUUGAAACCUCCCACUCCAGAACCUUGCAUUCUUUUCUUCUGCCCAUUUUUCUUAGCUUCCUUUAAUAUUUUGCACUGUUGCAUAAUAUCCCUCCAUUUCUCUUGCUUCCAGCCCUUAUUAGAACUCUCAGCACCCGCCCUGUCUAUUGGUAAUCUUCCUGUGUUUCGCUGUCAUAUCUUUUCAGGUGUGUUUCAGGGACGCUGUCUUUUCUUUCAACCCAAGGAUGAUCCGUGGUCUCUAUUACAACAUGCCUUUGGUAUAACUUUACACUGUAGUUUCUGUUUAAAAUGUUGUUCACCAUCACUAAGUGGAUACACGUAGCUAAGGAUAGCAAAUGAUUACACCUACUGUAGAUUCCUUUGUAGAUACAGUAAUUUUUAAGGGCCGGAAGUUGAGAGGUGGCCAGUGCUGGAUUGCGCUUACACGUACUUGUAAACCUUAAGUAGAAUCCUGCUACAAUAGUUCGGACCAGGGGUUUCAAUAAGCACCGACGACCGACGAAACGCGUCUGUUAUUUUGCUCAGAGAAGUCGGCUACUUUCUCCCCGAAAGAGGAAGCAACAAGUACUUAUGAUGUCGUAAACAAAAUAACAUAUCAUAAAAUCUGAAUGAAAACGUAAAGGCCCACUGGUUUUGAGUUAUGCUUUGGUUAUGCAAGCGCUGUAUUUCAGUCAAUUCUUCACACGUUUCUUUGGAGAUUUCACAGAAUUUGUCCUCGUUCAAAUGUACGUUUGUUCAUUGCUUGUAAGUUGUGUGGCUGAUAAUCAGAACCUGAAUGAAAGCUGCAUUUUCUUGAAUGAAAAACACACUCUUUUGUACUCAAUUGAGUCCCCAGAACGCCGGAAAAUCGCAUUUUAGGGCUUUGAAAUUUCAAGGGAGCAUGCCCCCUCUAGAGGCGCUGGAUUAACGCCCCCUUGUUGAUACAGUCGGGUACUCUAUUCAAACCUGCUGGCUACUUUUAUUUUUAUGGAAACCCCUGGUUCCAUGUAGCUAUUCUGUGGUUUGUCUCAACAAUAGGGCAUAAUUACACUGGCAGAGUUCACACAGUUAUGUCUUGAAAAGUCCUUAGAUUUCAGAGGAAGUCCUUGAAAAAAGUAAAAUUUCUCCACUUGUCCUUGAAUUUUGACUUGGUUAUGGCAAAAUAGAGUUGAGGUGAUAUUUCUAAGAAGGGCAAUAGGUUCAUUACUACUAUUUUCUCAGAUUAAAGUCCUUGAAAAGUCCUUGGAAAAAAAUCUUAAUUUACUUUGCUAACACUGACCGAGGAGCAAGUGGGUUACGAUUACUUGGAUACAUCAAUGUUUUGCAGGUUCCUAGUUGUGUUGGCAGUGGGCUCUUCAAGGCCUUCUCAGAGCACACUCUUCAUAGGCUUGGUGUGAAACAGGACAACCACAGUGUAAGUCUGUGUUAAUCAAAUAAAACAAAUUAUACAUUUGUAUUGCUAAAACAAUACCUUUUGUUGACUUCUGUGACGUCAAUUUUCUCGUUGCUUAAGGUCCCUAUUAUUAUUUUAGGAAGAAGAAUUUAGAAUAACCCUGUUAGCCCGGAGCACAAAGUAUCGCAAAAUUCUUAAUCAAGAUGAGGUAAUAAUAAUAUUCCUACUAGUAUAUUUUUGAUAGCGGAGCUCUCUCGCGCGAAGCGGAGCACCAUAGGUAAGAAAAUUUGGUUAUCUAUGCAUCCAAAAAAUUUUGGUCGUGACGUAAUCGUCCGCCCGUCCGUCCGUCGAUCCGUACGUCCGCCUCUUCAUGUAAGCCGACGUGAAAUUUUAAGCGCUGAUGAAAAUAGCAAUCUUGAUAUCGGCGCUAUAUAAGUAUUAUUAUUAUUAUUAUUAUUAUUAUUAUUAUUAUUACAUUUCAAGCACCCCGUUCGUUUCGGCGUUAAAUCACAUGGCCGCUCGGACGUUUAGAGGGAAAAAAAACAGCAGCAAAAAAGCCGCGUCUUUCUUUUCACUACAUUUUAAUGUCUACAUUAACGUGGACAACAGGGAAAGAGCUAGAGCGAGCGGAGACCAAUUUCGUUGGAAGGAAAACGUAAAAAUUAUAUAGCGGCGGUGUGAAAAUGAGAAAUUCUAGCGGCUUCCAAGGUGAAAACAUGAGCGGUGGUGGAGAAAGCAAAGUGAACGGGAGCACAGACAUUUCCUCCAUAAAACGUGUAACUAGGAAGUUAAAAGAAGUUUCACUUUUUAGUCGUGCAAAACGUGUGCUGCACGUGCAAAGUUUUUUUUUUUUUUUUUGCUGAUUAGAAAAAAGUGUGUUGCACGUGCAAAGUUGUUUUUUAGCUUAUUAGCGCCUGUUUACGUGGAGGUGGGGGACCCCAGGUGGAUGAGGUAACCUGCUUAGGUGGGGUUAAAUAUUAACCCUCCUUUACAUGCAAUCUUGCAACCCCGCCAUCCCGGGGUGCACUUUCUCAAGAUUAUUAUAUGGUCGCUAAGCACGUAAACAAGAAAAAUGCUGGCAAACCACGUGUUUUGGCGAUUAAUGCACUUCUACACUCACUUGUUGCUCUUGCUGCAACCUUCAGUGCAAUGGCUUUCUAUUGUUACCUUUAAUAAUGAUGCAAAGCCACCGCCAAAGUGAAUUUUGCGCGAAUUUGAUGUAUCACGAAUCCAACCCCGGCCAGGCGGGUUACCCCACCUUGAAACGUUUACAUGACAAAAUUUGACCCCGGCCUAGAGGGUAACCUGUUCUGGUAGACCGGGCUAUCCGCCUUUGCGGGUUACCCCACCUAUCAUGUAAACGUGAUCAAAUUAAAAUGAGAUAUUAUAUGGACAGGCGACCUGGGGUCCCGCACCUCUAUAUAAACAGGCCCUUAGAUCUAUUGUUGUUAUUUUUUACAGUUCUCGUUGUUUUCACCGUUUCUUUAGAAUUACUUGAUUUUAUAUUUUCUUUGAGGAAACUAUAAAUAUUAAAUAUAUUACUUAAGUUUAUAAAAAUUAACUUGUCUGUCCUUAACGUUGUUUUCUUAAUACAGACAGUUGAUUCAGCUAUUUCUAAAUUAGUACUAAAAUGUGAGAGUUGAAAAAUAUUGUUGAAACCUUUUUAAACUCAAUUCCUGUUUGAUAUACAUGUAUUUACUUAUUGAAUAUUACAUUGUAAAUAGUAUCAUUUUUCAGUAUUUACCAAAUCAGUGAAAAACAAUUUUGGCGCGUUUUCAUUGGCUUCUGUAACUCGGAAUGUCCUUGGCUAUUCACUGUUUUGCUACCGUAGACAAGAUGGCGUCACGUUUCGAGACAUUUUCGGAAGACGAAAUUUGUGCGAUAAAUGAAGCAGUCGUGCAAAAAAAUACUAAGAAAGCGACGAACUUUGGCUUGUCAGUGUUCAGUGGUAGGUAGAAAAUUAUUUUCGUGCUGAAUUUGCAACAAAAUCGUAAAAUGCACUUCAUAAAUACCCGAAAUGUUUGUAAAUUGUAAACAAAGUUCGUACUAUGCGACGUUUUUAAUUUACAAAAAGUUGCUUUUUUUCAGUUUUAUCCAAAUGAUUUGGUAAAUACUAAAACAACUAUCCCCCUCAGGGUCGGUGAGCAGCGCUAGAUAUUCAGCUAUUUCGAGAAAGGUUGUCGGAAAAAAUGUGCACGCGACAAUCCCGAAGGGUAAUAUGGGAUAUGAUCAAUACGCUGUUCCUGACACUGCAGCUGACGAAUCUUCUAUUGUUGCUUUCCUUUAGAAUUCGCAAACAUACGUCUAUGGCCUCUCGUGCCAUUCUUUCAAAUUUCUUUGUAGAACAAAGAACUCAAAACCACCCACAAUACCUUUCGGGAUUGUCGCGUGCACUUUUUCCAACAACCUUUCUCGAAACAGCUGUAUACCUCAUCCACCACAGUUCACCUCCCUUCGGGGGAUAGUUGUAUACUAUACUUAUUAUUAUUCAGUGUUUGCAACUGUUUAGAUGGAAUAUUAUAGUGGAAAUUCAUGUCAUUACUGGAUUAAUUUAAUUUAAUUUUAAUAUCGUUGAGCGUCCUUAAAAAGGUAUCUUGGUAAAAUUACAUUUUAUAUUAUUCAUUCAAAAUUUGUGUCAUUUCUGAUUGGCUAUAAUCUUUUGGCUAAUUCUUCAUAACCAGCUGGCAUCCAGCUGGCAUUUCAUGACCAAAGUAAUUUGGACGAUGUGAGCAAUAUACAAUGUGAUGGUAUGUCAAAUAUACAUGUGCAACCUUGCUUCCAGGCAGUGGCCCAGCAGCCCUUUAAGCUGUUGUAGCAUGAAGAUAGAACUUAAUUAAGAAAAAUAUGGCGAAAUAUUUUAGUCAAAAUGGCUAUCCAAAGAUGAAAUAGCCGAAUAAAAUGAUCAUAACUGAAAGGAGCAAAACAAAGCAACCACAACAACAAAAAACAAUGUUCUUGGAGGGAUGUCAUCUGCCUUUUGAGCAAUAUCUGCCAGGACAAAACAUCUCUUCACCUUCUGAAACUGUCCUGUGAAACAGGCAGAUGUUUUGAAGAAAGUUUUCAGAGGAGAUAUACGAAGCAUUUUGAGUGAAUACUAUUAAAUCAAUAAUUGUUUUUGAGUUUGGCUUUUUUCAGUUACUAUGAAGUGAAGAAUUAUGGAAAUCUCAGAGUUGUUAAUUCCAAUUCUUCAUAUCAUUCUCAGCAUCAGUCAAUAUAAUAAUAAUGUUGUUUUUUAUUUAAAUUACAUGUAGCUUGUAGGUGCAAUGAUGCAUGUUCCAAUGUUUAAAGUGAAAAUUGUUGAUUAUACUUGGUGAGUUCUCUUUUUUUUUCUUGAAAUUGUUAUUUACAUUAUAACCAUCUUGAUAUUGCACUUUUUGCAGCAACUGUGUGAUUUCGUGCAUGCUGAUUGGUUGAGAGCUACAUUGUAUGGUGGGAGUAUAAUUUUUAUUAAAUUUUAUGGAUCAUUGAAUUUACAAGUACAUGUAAAUGAUGAUAGUGCAAUUUGCUUUUCUUUGUCUCUUGCGCCUGAUUUUUGAGGAAACUUCACUGCCCAAGGAAUGGACUUUUUUUCUUAACUGUCAGUGCUAUUAUGAAAACCAAAUUGACAACAACGAUAUAGUUUUCAUGGUCUUUACUCUUAAAGACCUUAGAAAUACCGUCAAAUUAUACGUUCAAAACUUUUCUGUGAAACGCACUCGCCUGGAGCUCGUGGUUUGACCACAUGAUCAUGAGAUUUUCUAGACCAGUUGUCCUUUGUCCCCUAUUUUUCGGUAAGAUCGUCGAGCGCUUUGCGUUACGGGCAGCCAAAUGAUAAUAUUUCCUUGUAUGUAAUAUUGGCCCUUUGUAUGAUAUUAUUUUCUUGCAGGCAGAUGCCAUUCUUGGAGCAAUUAAAGGUAAAACUUAUUAUUAGCAGUAAUGUUUAGUUUUUAGUCAUGGUCAUUGUUAUUUAUUGAUUUUUCUAAAAUAUCUUUUUUAACAUUGGGUUUCUUUAGUGAAAAUAUUUAACGAACUGAAAUAAAUUUUUUUUUAAAAUAAUAACAUUUUCUGUUGUUAGAGCAGUAAAAUUAAUAAAAUAGUAACUUAUAAUGAUGAUGAUGAUGAUUAUGAUAAAGUUAGUCUGUAUUAUUAAUGACCUUUUUGAUGUAAAACAUUUUGUUUUAUGUAUGUUAUUCCCAGAUAACCCAUAACUCUGACAUAUUUAUUGGGAUGCAUGGAGCAGGACUCACACAUGCAUUGUUUUUGCCAGACUGGGCGGUGCUGUUUGAAUUGUAAGCAUUUUUUUUUGAAAUUGAGUAAAAUAAUUUAUAAUUAGUAUUUGUAAAAGCAUGAUUUGUAGUGAUAUUUGGCAUAAAUACCACGAGUGAUAUUUCAAAGUUGUUAUAAGUAAUUUCACGAGCCGUUAGGCGAGUGAAGUUUGAGACAAUUUUGAAAUAUCACGAGUGAUAUUUGUGCCAAAUAUCACAUACGAAUCAUGUUAUUCUUUGUUUAUACUACUACCCGCCAAAGGUUUGCAAUUUUCACAUGUAGAUAUUUUAAAGUAAGCUGAAAUACCACUGCUUGGUUGGGGUGGAGCUAGAUUCUGUCUUUCACUUACCCAGUGGGCUUGUCAAUAUUACUACUAAACUAAAUUUUAGUUUUACGGGAUACAAUUGACUGUGGUAGAAAAAGUUAAUGUUUUUGGGGUGGUACAUCCUAAGAAGCAAGCUAGAAAAUAUAUUUUCUUUGCACUGUGGUGUAGGCUAGACCUGUUUACCCCAGCUGCUGGAUCUGAAGACCACCUCAUUGACCAGUAACUGGGUACUGCUGACGUGACACUGAUUGAAAUAGUUAUCAUUUGUAUAUUCUAUUCAAAGGUACAACACAGAGGACCCAGCUUGUUACAGUGACUUAGCAAGACUAAGGUAAUAAUUAUUAUUGGGCUACCUGUGGCAAAGCCUGACGCUAGCUUGGGUAGUCAAGUUUUACAUUCUGUGUCAAAGAGGGCAUAUGCCGGACGGGUGACCCAGGAGGCUGUGUGUAACCUGUUUUCCUUGCUGAGAGGCUGAUUCUUUUACUUUUGAGGGAUGGGACGGGCGAUUUACACGGUCAGACUUGGAUGGCAAAUGAAAUUUUUGAGCGUAGAAAUUGGCUGCUUGCAUUAGUUGAUCACGUGAUCAACUUUCGAUAAACACGAAAACAGUUCGCUUUUGAAAAAUUUUAUUAGCAUGAGCUGAAAGAGCAUAUUAAAAUUAGGUAACCUGUGAAUUUACAGCCAUAUAUCUCAAUAGUAGCGAUUGCAACGGCCGCGAAAAUUAAAAGGAUUUGUAUGAGAAAAACAACUUUUGCCACCCAAUCACCCUUGAAUGGUUGUCCAUACAAAUCCUGUAAAUUUCGUUAUUUUCAACCUGUCCUGAAGUAUUUCCCUUGCGGGGUUCAAAUCUCCUUAUUAUUCAUAACAAGCACUUUGAGCCCUUAAAUGCGUAAGGAAAAGAUUUAAUGACAGUUUAAAAAUUUCAGGAUUUACAAGGAGUUGUGUGGAAAACCACUGCAGAUCUUUGGUAACUUUUUGCAUAAUGUUCAAUGCAUAAACAAAUGCCAAGGACAGUCCAAGUUAUCAUUGUUGGGUGGUGAAGACAGUGGUGAUCAUGAUCAGUGAGACAGUAAUUAUGUACCUUUUGUUUUUACUUUGGAAAGUCCUGAGAUUUUUCCUUCUUGUUUUAUUUUUGAUUUUUUUACAGAGGUGUGAAUUACAUUACAUGGGAACAUAAAGAAGAGCUUUUUCAAGAAGAUGAGGUAUGUGCUACUUUUUACUUCCUAUAUGUGAUUAGAACCGGUUUUUUUUUUUAUUUCAACAUGGUGAAAACGAUCCCCAAGCCGUCGCUUCAUGGUCCUUGCAUUCUCAAAUAAAUGUUACCGCAGCACCUGGUUGCCAGAGGUCAGGAAAUGGUCAGGGAAAAUAAAAUUUCUUCAAGGUCAGGAAAAAGUCAGGGAAUUUCACUUCGAGUCAGGAAACAUUUACGUCUGACAGAAGGCAAGAAAAUAUUAAGAGUACAUUUGUACAUUUACAGACAUGAAUCGUGUUGCAUUGGUAGAAUAUUUUUCAUGAAAUUUGAACACGCUGAUGUUGAGUUUUGAAUUUUUCAGUUUUUUUUGCACGUUAUGUUAAGGAACUUUCAAUUCAUAUACACUGAACGUGACUUGCUGAAAGCAAUAAUAGAUGGGUGGGUGAUGGCUGAGAGGGUAGCGUUGAGUCCAUUAUCGGGACUUAUUUGUGAAAUUGUUAAUUCAGUUGGUCAGGGAAAUUUUACAGUUGUCAGGAAAAGGCAGGGAAAAGUCAGGGGAUUUCAGAAACCUCUGGCUGUGGCAACCAUUCAUGUAUAUUGGCAUUUUCUUGUUGCGAGGAUCUUUUACGGUGUUGGGAAAACCUGCGCGUUCGGCGCUUUAACAAUCAGUGAGGACUGUAUCUGUCAGUUUUACUUUUAUUACGACUCUUGCUAUUCGUCACAAUCCAACUCGAUCUAAUCCCAUCUAACCCUAAAGUUACAAUGUUCAGCUGUCACAAUGUUCAGACAUACAUGUCACAUAUAUAUGUCACGUGUAUAUUCCCUAAUACGCUUAACCAUACAUUAUUUAUAACAUAGAAUGAUUAGUUAACAUACCACUAUCUAAUGAUUCAUUUUCUACAAUUGUUACCUUGUGCGUGCCUCUAACUGGUUGUAGUUACAAAUCUGGCAUCACAAUGGUCUUUUUCACAAACAGUUUCUUUUUACACCCAAGUUUAGGCUAAUUAAGAAAUGUGUCAUCGACCCAUCUACGCUUUUACAGAAUAAUGUAACUGGUUAAAAAGUUGUCACAACAACUUUUACACUAAUUAUUUUUCCUGCACAACCAAAGGAUAAAUCCACCCUACAGAAAUCUUUCAUAUUCAUCCCAGAAUAUUAUCUAACUACAAUUUGUGCAUGUAUGAAAAGUAAAUAAUCUGGCCGGGUUGUUCGAAGGCCGAUUGACGCUUUACCCGGGGUUAAAUUUAACCCAGGUUUCUUUUUCUUAUGUUCAAAAGCUUUUUCUCGGAUAAUUUUCUCUGAUAUUUUUGGAGCUUCCAAUCAUCAACUUGUGGAUAAAAAGAAUUAAAAGUGAAAUGCUUUUUACGCUUUCACAUGAUCUGAAUUCAAAUCUCGCACUUAUUCUGGGUUAUCUUAACCCAGCUUUGAACAACUCGGCCUUGUUCAUUAGAUUUUAAUAACUUUUGUCUUAGUCUUGUGAACAAAAUGCCAGUUUAAGUGAAACCACUGGUAAGUAGUACACUCCGCAAUAGACAAAAUCGAUUUCUCUUGUUCUUCUGUCAAAAAAUGUUUUGUUUAUGUAACUCUCUAAAAUGCAUUCACCCGCACUGUGCUUUUCAAGAACAUGCAAACCCUUCACCCUUUAAGCCCCGAUAUUAAAAGGUUUAAGAAUUAACCAUGUAAUUUUUAAGUUUUCUGUUUCUGUCGGUCACCCUAACAGACUUCUGAGGAAACACAGAUUUUCUUCAGCGGGUUGUAAGUGGUAGAUUUCAAUCCAUUUUGUUUGUUUUGUUUUGUCAUAGUUUGACUGAUAGAAGCAAAAAAUAUAUGUCACUUAACUUUUUGACUUUUGAGUUUGCAUGGUAUUGAAAAAUGCAGUAAUACUUGUUCCAAUGCUGUUCUUCAGAGAAUGUUUCACGAAGCGUUCCAUUUUGGUACUAAGUAUUCUAAAAAAUAUAUUUUUUAUGCUUAAUUCAAAGGUUAAAAAAGGUUUGCUAUAAAAGUUAACGUUAAAAAAGAACUACGUUUCGACCGUUCGACGGUCAUUUUGAAAUUGCUUGUGACGGUCUCUGGAUCUUGUCCAUGCUCAUCCUUUACGUGGUUGCCGAUUGUAACGAAGGUUUAAAUGGAGAUUUUUUCGCUUAUUUAACAGGGCCAUCAUCCAACGUUAGGUGCUCAUGCGAAAUUUACAAACUAUGCUUUCAAUGUGGAUGAAUUCAUGAGGCUUAUUUACAAAGCAGCUGAUGCAGUUCAAGAUCGCAGGCGUAACCCACUGUUCAAGAAAUCUUUACAUUAA